CAGAAGGCCUCCGGAGCCUGCGCCGAGCUCUCGGCGGCGCCCCCCACCCCCGUCCCCCCCUCGUGCACGCAGGUCUCGGGAGCCGGCGGGGGAGAAGGCGCCGUUCCUGGAGCGGAGACCCGGCGGCCGGAGCCCUCAGGGAUGAACCUCGAGUUGCUGGGUUUUCGUUAGGUGUUGAUGAGGAUAGCCUAGAGAACGGCUGAGGUUUUCCCAGAAUUCCUAAAUGGCUUGCUGUAAAGGUCCCUCUAAAAACAAAACAACCGCGAACCACGACAGGAAGCGGCUCAGAAGUUGUACUGAAUGUUUAAAGGGUUUCGAAGAUUUUGAAGACACGGUCCUUGACUAGUCCUUUGGGCAGAAUUAUCCAGAGGAGGCCGAUGGAACUUUGGAUUGUAUCAGCAUGGCCCUGACUUGCACCUUUAACAGGUGGGGCACGCUGCUUGCAGUUGGCUGUAAUGAUGGCCGAAUUGUCAUCUGGGAUUUCUUGACAAGAGGCAUUGCUAAAAUAAUUAGUGCACACAUCCAUCCAGUUUGUUCUUUAUGCUGGAGUCGAGAUGGUCAUAAGCUCGUGAGUGCUUCCACUGAUAACAUAGUGUCACAAUGGGAUGUUCUUUCAGGCGACUGCGACCAGAGGUUUCGGUUCCCUUCACCCAUCCUUAAAGUCCAGUACCAUCCACGAGAUCAGAACAAGGUUCUCGUGUGUCCCAUGAAAUCUGCUCCUGUCAUGUUGACCCUUUCAGAUUCCAAGCAUGUUGUUCUGCCGGUAGAUGACGACUCCGAUUUGAACGUGGUUGCAUCUUUUGAUAGAAGAGGGGAAUAUAUCUAUACAGGAAAUGCAAAAGGCAAGAUUUUGGUCCUAAAAACAGAUUCUCAGGAUCUUGUUGCUUCCUUCAGAGUAACAACUGGAACAAGCAAUACCACAGCUAUUAAGUCCAUAGAAUUUGCCCGGAAGGGGAGUUGCUUUUUAAUUAACACAGCAGAUCGAAUAAUCCGAGUUUAUGAUGGCAGAGAAAUCUUAACUUGUGGAAGAGAUGGAGAGCCUGAACCCAUGCAGAAGUUACAGGACUUGGUAAAUAGGACCCCGUGGAAGAAAUGUUGUUUCUCUGGGGAUGGGGAAUAUAUCGUGGCUGGUUCAGCUCGGCAGCAUGCCUUGUACAUCUGGGAGAAGAGCAUUGGCAACCUGGUGAAGAUUCUCCAUGGGACAAGAGGAGAACUCCUCUUGGAUGUAGCUUGGCAUCCUGUUCGACCCAUCAUAGCAUCCAUUUCAAGUGGAGUGGUAUCUAUCUGGGCACAAAAUCAAGUAGAAAAUUGGAGUGCGUUUGCACCAGAUUUCAAGGAGCUGGAUGAAAAUGUGGAAUAUGAGGAAAGGGAAUCAGAGUUUGAUAUUGAAGAUGAAGAUAAGAGUGAGCCUGAGCAGACAGGGGCUGAUGCUGCAGAGGAUGAGGAAGUGGAUGUCACCAGUGUGGACCCUAUUGCUGCCUUCUGUAGCAGUGAUGAAGAGCUGGAAGAUUCAAAGGCUCUAUUAUAUUUACCCAUUGCCCCUGAGGUAGAAGAUCCAGAAGAAAAUCCUUAUGGCCCCCCACCGGAUGCGGUCCAAACCUCCCUGAUGGAUGAAGGGGCUAGUUCAGAGAAGAAGAGGCAGUCUUCAGCAGAUGGGUCCCAGCCACCGAAGAAGAAGCCCAAAACAACCAAUAUAGAACUUCAAGGAGUACCUAAUGAUGAAGUCCAUCCACUACUGGGUGUGAAGGGGGAUGGCAAAUCCAAGAAGAAGCAAGCAGGCCGGCCUAAAGGAUCAAAAGGUAAAGAGAAAGAUUCUCCAUUUAAACCGAAACUCUACAAAGGGGACAGAGGUUUACCUCUGGAAGGAUCAGCGAAGGGUAAAGUGCAGGCGGAGCUCAGCCAGCCGUUGGCAGCAGGGGGAGCAAUCUCAGAACUUUUAUGAAGACACUUGAAGUCCUUCGUUCUUUCUCACUUUGCCAUCAUGUGGCCUCUGGACACUGGUCAGUCACUUGAGAUUGACUUUAAUUUAAAACAAAGGCCUUUGCCUCCGACCCAGAGGCGGAAGGAGUGAAUCAUAUGUUUGAAUGAAGAAGUGAAUUAUGGAAGAAGAGUAUACGGCCCUUUCCUUUCAAGCAUAAGUCCAAAUAGGCUCUCAGGAAUGAGGAUUUGUGAAGACAUCAAACAGAAGUUUUGACUCAUUCAAACUUCAGUGCUUAGUUAUAUUGCUGGAGAAAAGAGACCAGUUUUGCUCAUCUGUUGUACCCAGGAUCAUUUUCACCUGACAUUUCCUAUCCUAUUUGCCUUCCAUCCUCAGUGCAUGUCCUCGAGUGACUUACUCUUAUCUGAAAUUUUGCUGCCGGUAACCUAGAAAAACUUGUUACAUAUUCUGUCUUCCAUUUUAAAACUUAACUCUUCUCACCAGAUACCUCCUGUAUUUCCAUAGUGUGUACAACAGAGGAUGGGCAGGAAAGAAAGUGCUCGAAAGCUUUCAAGUUUUCAGAAAGGGAAGAAAGAUAAAGGGCCCCCUCUUCUUAACAUACCCCAUUUUGCUCCAGAAGCUGGGCUGUAAGAGGGUCAAGGUUUUUCCUUGUUUUCCUUUCAUUGCAUGUUUUCCUCUGGUACUGGUACAUUCUCAUUAAUCAUGGUUUUUGAAGUUAGCUCGUUUUAUCCAUCUUCAGCAAAGAAUCAUCAGUAGUACGUAUUGCUUCACCCAUGCUGGCGUCCAGAGAGGGAAACAAACACGGUGUCUCUUUUUGAUUGGGGUGGGGGAAUCUAUGCAAAGGACUAAUGUAAAACCAUCCGAAAUCAAAGCAGCAUCAACACAGUUCAAAUCAAAGAUCAAGGAAAAAUUUGUUUUUUUAUCAUUGCAUGUGGAUCUCUGUCUCUCCCCUUCAGUCACAACAUUGUUCCCUUCCCGUAGCCCCCACCUCCUCCAUCCGGCGUGUUCUCAGUCUCUUCCUUUCUGUGAAAGGUUGCUUAGCUUUUAAAAAAAUUUUUUUUUACUUUCUGCUUCUUGCAUUUUUUGUUCUUUAUAUAAAAAGUAGCAGAUUGGAUGGAUCUGUACACAAGGUGUUUGAGAUUCUCUGAGAACCCAGAGUCCCCGGGUAUGGCAAGCCUUUGGCUGACUGGAAGUGCUUGACCUGGGUUGUCCUCGUCCUCACGGUAUUCUCAAAGCAGAGUUUCAGCGCUGUGCUUAUUGUGAGUUCAAUCAGCAGCUGGGUUGCUCCUGCAGCAGCCACACAGGUUGAUUAUCUUUGGGAUUUUAGGAUAGCAAUCAAAGUAGACUUACGUCAGGAAGAGCCUCUUUCUCCUGCUCCAUCUUUUGGAACCAAAAUACUCAGUAGUUGAAGUAAGAGCUCCCCCUGAGUCAGUUCCAAAAUGUGCCUGUAUUUUUAGAUGCCACCGCUUUUUUCCUCAAAUGCUCAUUUUGUGAAUUUCAUUUCCUGUUUCACAUCAGACCAGUGGUUGAAAUUGGCAGCUGGCUCACUGGGCUUGUUUUUUGUUUUGCCAGCAUUGUUUCCAUUCCAUUUCUCUGUGUACCUGCACCGUGGUCUGGAUCUUGCAACAAACUGUGUGAUGCCCAAGGUCUCUGCCUUACUUCAGUGGGCAAGGUAGCUUGAUGUCCUCUGCCUGUGCAUUGGGAUGUUCAGGUUAUGCCUGCCUCCUAAACUGGCUACUGAGAAAAUUGGCUUCAGCCCUGUCAAUUGGUCUCUGGCAGCAGUUCCUAAUAAUUAUUUAUGCUUUUGGGAUUUUUUUCAGCUCCUGAAACUCUAUCCAGUUUGAUUUUCUCAAUUUGUACAACAUAUGCACAUUCUCUUCUCUUUUGUCAUUCCUUUCCCCCACCUCACCCCUGCCAUUUCGUUUUUUAAUGUUCCAUAGUUUUGUACAAGAUGAGACUUAGCCUUGGGUUACUUCUUGCUGAAGCUUUAAUGCUUUGUAAAUAAAAUUGGAUGUUUAUUAAAGAA